AUGGCCAAGAAGUUCCUUCUCGCCGCCGCCCUUGCGGCUACCUCCCUGGCUGCUCCCGUCAUCGAGGAGCGCCAGAACUGCGCCUCCCAAUGGGGUCAAUGCGGCGGCAAUGGCUGGACAGGCCCGACCUGCUGUGCUUCGGGCAGCACAUGUGUCAAACAAAACGACUGGUACUCCCAAUGCCUGCCCGGCACCCAGGUGACCACCACGGCCGGCCAGUCGUCUUCCUCCAGGCCGACUAGCAGCAGCAGCAGCAGCCGUCAGACCAGCUCGGUUGGCACCACCAGUCCCACCACGUCGACCCCUGUGGUCACGACCGGCCCGACAACGACCAUUCCCGGCGGCGCUUCCAGCACAGCCAGCUACACCGGCAACCCUCUCGCGGGAGUGCAGAUGUGGGCCAACGACUACUAUGCAUCCGAGGUGCUCUCGCUGGCUGUUCCGAGCAUGACGGGCGCCAUGGCCACCAAGGCGGCCGCCGUGGCCAAGGUUCCCAGCUUCGAGUGGAUGGACCGCAACGUGACGGUGGAAGACCGGUUCCUCAAGACUCUGGGACGGAUCCGGGCCGCCAACCAGGCGGGCGCCAACCCCCCCUAUGCCGCGAUCCACGUCGUCUACGAUCUGCCCGACAGAGACUGUGCGGCGGCAGCUUCCAACGGCGAGUGGUCGAUUGCCAACGGCGGCGCGGCCAACUACCGCGGCUACAUCGACCGGAUCCGGAAGUACGUCAUCCAGUAUUCGGACGUGCGCAUCAUCUUCGUCAUUGAGCCGGACUCGCUCGCCAACAUGGUGACCAACAUGGGCGUGGCAAAGUGCAGCAACGCGGCGGCGACAUACAAGGAGCUAACCGUCUACGCGCUCAAGCAGCUCAACCUGCCCAACGUCGCCAUGUAUCUCGAUGCUGGGCACGCCGGGUGGCUCGGAUGGCCGGCGAACCUCCAGGGAGCGGCGGACCUGUUCAGCCAGAUCUACAGAGACGCCGGCAGCCCUGCGGCGGUCCGGGGCCUGGCCACCAACGUGGCCAACUACAACGCCUUCAACAUCAGCACGGCGCCGGCCUACACGUCGCCCAACCCCAACUACGACGAGCUGCACUACAUCCAGGCCAUCAGCCCGCUCCUCAAGGCGGGCGGCUUCGACGCGCACUUCAUCACGGACCAGGGCCGCUCGGGCAAGCAGCCCACGGGGCAGCAGCAGUGGGGCGACUGGUGCAACGCCAAGGGCACCGGCUUCGGCACGCGCCCGACGUCCAACACGGGCGUCGAGCUGGUCGACGCCAUCGUGUGGGUCAAGCCCGGCGGCGAGUGCGACGGCACCAGCGACACCAGCGCCGCCCGCUACGACUCCCACUGCGGCCUGGCGAGCGCCCUCCAGCCGGCGCCCGAGGCCGGUACCUGGUUCCAGGCCUACUUUGAGCAGCUGCUUACUAACGCCAACCCGCCCUUCUGA